GUGGCGAUAUGCACCUAAAAGCUGGUAUGCAACUCGCCAAUAAACCCACAGAAGAAGAAGAAGAAGUAGAGCAGCCCACCCCUGAAGAAGUCUUUGUCCUGACAAAAACAACACCGAAUCAGCGAUCAGAGAAGAUCAAACAGAAGGAUUUUUGAGUUUGUUUCUGAACAGCACAUCUUUGUGAUUCACUUUUGAAAGCAUCGUUCAGAAAGUAAAAGUAGAGUUUAUAUUGCUGGGGAUCAAACAGUGAGAAUGGAUUUACUAACUGUAGAAGAUCUUUCUUGUCCCGUGUGCUGUGAAAUCUUCAAGUCUCCUGUUGUUUUAUCAUGUAGUCACAGUGCCUGUAAAGAGUGUCUCAAACAGUUCUGGAAAACAAAGGAAACUCAGGAGUGCCCCGACUGUGGGAGAAGAUCAUCGAAACCUGACCCUCCUGCUAAUCUCGCAUUACAAAACUUGUGUGAGAUGUUCCUGAAGGAGAGAAAAGAGAGGCGUUCAUCAGGAUCUGGGGAGAUCUGCAGUUUACACAGUGAGAAGAACAAACUCUUCUGUCUGGAGAACAAACAGCCUGCGUGUGCGGAGUGCUUUACUUCUCAAAAACACGUCAAUCACACAGCAAGACCCAUCAGUGAAGCUGUUCCAUCAUAUAAGGAGGAGCUGAAUACAGCACUGAAAGCUUUACAGAAGAAACUUAAACACAGUGAAAACAUUAAAGGAGAGUUAGAGAAAACACUUCAACACAUCAGGUCUCAAACUGAGCACACGGAGCAUCAGAUUAAACAGCAGUUUGAGAAGCUUCACCAGUUUCUCAGAGACGAAGAAGCAGCUACAAUCACUGCACUGAGGGAGGAAGAGGAGCAGAAGAAGCAGAUGAUGAAGGAGAAGCUGGAGGAGAUGAACAGACACAUCUCGGCACUUUCAAACACAAUUAAAGACACGGAGGAGAUGAUGAAAGCCAAUGAUGCCUGCUUUCUAAAGGAGUUUCCAGUCACGAUGGAAAGAGUCCAGAUCUCAUCACAGCUGGAUCCACAGAUGACUUCUGGAGCUUUGAUUCAUGUGCCGCGUUAUUUGGGCAACCUGCUGUUCAGAGUCUGGAAGAAGAUGCAGGACAUCGUACAAUACACUCCUGUGAUUCUGGAUCCAAACACUGCAAAUCCAUCUCUCACUCUAUCUGAUGAUCUGACCAGUGUGAGACGGCGCAACUGUCAACCUCUUCCUGAUAAUCCAGAGAGAUUUGACCGUUAUCGCUGUGUUCUGGGUUCAGAGGGCUUUAACUCAGGAACACACUGCUGGGAUGUGGAGGUUAAAGACUGUUCAGUCUGGACUCUCGGAGUAACUACAGCAUCCAACCAGAGGAAGGGAUGGGGUUUCUUCAACACUGAUGGUGUCUGGAGUUUGCAGUACAAUGUGACUAGACAGACUGGCUUUCCUGUUGGACAGCAGCUUGAGCGUGUGAGAGUGAAUCUGGACUUUGACGGAGGAACAGUGUCAUUCUCUGAUCCUCUAACUAACACACAUCUACACACAUUCACAACCACCUUCACUCACACACUCCUUCCGUUCUUCUGGUGUUCUUCCUCUCUGAGGAUCUUACCAGUCAGUAGCCAGUGAUCGUUACUCUUGUAGGUCUGGAUCUUCCUGCUUUCAUCACAUUUCAAUAUUUAAUCUAGAUCACAUGAGUAAGAGUGCUGAUGAUCUGAAUAUCAGAUCAGAAAAAUCUUUUUUUUUUUCCAGUAUUAUAUCACUGAAAGAGUUAAUUCAACACAUUUUCAGUUUUGGUUGUAAAUGAAUUUAUUUCAGUUAUAGAGGUUAAAUGAUCAUGUAUUCAUUGAAGUGAAUGGAUGUAAAAGGUUCUUGCUGAUCCACAACAAUAUUGAAUAAAACAGAAAUUCUUAGUAUAGAAAUACUUGAUUCCAGCUGUUUAUAAAUCUGAUUCUCAGAACAAAUGAUCUCUAGGACUCACUGAAGUCUGAAAAGGUUCUAAACAGAUUUACAUAAUUAAUUGUAACAAUGUAUGAUUACAUGUUUUCAGUGUCAUUUUUAGAUUGAAACAUUAUCUCCCGGGUUCACAGACAAGGUUUAAGCUUAGUCCCAGACUAAAAUGCAUGUCUGAGCUGAACAGA